AAGCGCGUGGUAAAGGAAGGGCUGUGGUUUCUAUUCAUUUCCGUUUGUUUGUUUAUCAGAUUAUAAAAUAAAGAAAACAAAACAAAGAUUUAUUAGAGAACAAUGUUAGACAAAAUUUUGUACAAUACAGUUUUAUGCCAGACUUAUUCGCCUUGCGGCAAGUAUCUAAUAGCUGGAAAUAUUUAUGGACAAUUAGCAGUCUUUGACCUUGACCGCAUUUUAAAUCCUGUGGUGGAACUGCUUACACCAGACUUUAACAAGCCAAAACAUAUACAUAACCUCGAAACCGGUAACCAAAUUUGUAGUUUAGUGGCUACUGACAAAUUCCUCGUCGUUGGUUCUGUAAAUGUAAUAUAUGGUUGGGAUUGGAAAGCAAUUUUGGGUGUUAAAUUAAGUAAACCAUCAUGGCAAAUAAAGAUAUCAUCGAAAUCUUCUCUGGAACACAUUGAUGUGAAUAGUUUGUGUUUGUCUGAUGAUGGCGAGAAGUUAUAUGCCGGUUGUGGAGACAAUAACACAUAUAUUUUUAAUUUAGAGGAUAGACGACAACUUUCAGUGCUGUCAGGCCAUGAUGAUUACAUACAUUCAGUGCAUGGAAAGAAUGAUCAGAUAAUAUCCUGUGGUGAGGAUGGUAUUGUUUUACUUUGGGAUCUGAGAUCUACUAAAUUUCAUAAUAAAAUAGAGCCCCAUAAGAACAGUAAAGUCUGCCGACCAGACAUUGGCAAAUGGGUAGGAUCUGCAGCUCUCAGAGAUGACUGGAUCGUUUGUGGUGGUGGACCUCGACUAGCACUCUGGCAUAUUCGAUCACUUGAUGUCGCUACAAUAUUUGAUUUACCUGAUCAUGGAAUACAUGUCUCCUAUUUUCAUGAUGAUUGCGUAAUAGCUGGAGGUGCAAGUAAACAUUUGUAUCAACUAAGUUACUCUGGGGAGAUCAGAGUUGAAUUACCAGUGUCAGCAACUACAGUGUACUCUGCAGUAUUGAAGACAAAUCCUAAUGUAUUGGCAAUCGCAGGCUCUAGCCCAGAAAUUGAUCUGUGUACGUCGUUUAACUAUAGAGAUCAAAUUCUACAUUUCCGAUAGGGUAAGUCCGAUUGAAUAAAGAAUACUGUUU